AUGAGAUUCACCAACAACGUAGCCCAAAGCUUGCUUAUCUCUGGUUUCUUGGGAGGCGCCUUCGCCGGCGUCGCCCCCAAGGUUUCCUCUAACCCCAAGGAUGUCAUUGCCGUUGCUGAGUUCCCUCAGUUUGGUUGUGGCGAGAUGGAAGGAUAUGUGCUGUUUGAGAGUCCCAACGGUGGCAAGGUCGACGUCCAUGUCGACGUGACCAAGUUGCCUUCUGACGGCGGGCCUUUCUACUACCAUAUCCACGAGUUCCCGGUUCCUGAUGACGGGGAUUGUGAAGGAGUUGGCAAAGAGUUCAACCCAUACCACGCCUCUCCUGAUUGUGACGCCCAGCAUGGCGACGCUUAUUGUAAGAUUGGUGACUUGUCGGGCAAGCAUGGCGCCAUCAAGGCUACGUGCUUCCAGACCGACUACUGCGAUCCAUAUCUCUCUUUGGACGGGUACUCGAAGGCCAACAUCAUUGGCAAGUCAAUUGUGUUCCACUACUCGGACAUGACCAAGAUUGCCUGUGCUAACAUCGAGUACGGAACCGAGGAGCAGAUGGAACGUCUCCAGAGUCCAUCUGGAUCAGACAGCGACGAUGACGUCGACACUGUCUUUGACAAACGGGACGUAAACAGUGGUCAUGUUCCCACCACCACUUUCGUUGCCCCUGAAAGCACUGCCACUGGUUCUGCCACCUCAGGGUCCAAUGCCGAGGGUGUCAGCUCAACCAACGGUUUUGCGACCAAGGUUGUGAACUCAACUACCACCACCACCACCACCGGGAACAGAUCCAACGUGACCAACUUUGGCCACGAGUCUGCCUGCGAGGAGGGCGCCGCCAGCAGCGUCAAGGCUGCCUUUGGCACCGUGUUUGGUGUCUUGGCCACUCUUCUCUUUUGA